CAAGAGCUACAAAUCUUCCAUGUAAACACGGCAAAGUCAAAAGAUAUUUUGCUAUUAACUUCAUACAGGACAGCUAGUCCUAAGAGAGACACUGAAGUGGUGAGAACUGUAUAAGCUUAUACUGCCUACCAGGUUUUUCUGAGAGCAGUAUUUAAAAGAAUCCGGCACAGUUUGUAUAUUUCUGAGAAGAACAUGGACAUCAAACAGAAAUACAUUGAUGAUUUUAACCCUGUAGAUUACUAUCAGACAUACUAUGCUGCAGGAACAGAAAAUGUAAUUGGAGAAUGGAUAGAAUUUGUACUACCGAUACUACAUGAAACAUUUACUAAAGGUGGUGUUAAAGGAGACACGUUGAUUGAUUUUGGCUCUGGACCGACCAUCUACCAAAUCCUUUCUGCUUGUGAAGCCUUUAACAACAUAAUCCUCUCUGAUUUUCUUGAAGCAAACCUUGAUGAACUGCAGAAAUGGAUGAGGAAAGAUCCCAAGGCUUUAGAUUGGACUCAUGUUAUCAAAUAUGUAUGCGAGCUUGAAGGGAACAGGCACAGCAUUGAAGAAAAAGCUGAGAAGCUCCGCAGUAAGGUGAAACAGGUCCUGAAAUGUGAUGCAUUGAAAAAUAACCCUUAUGAUCCUAUUGUUCUGCCUCCCGCUGAUUGUCUCCUCACCUGCCUCUGCCUUGAAGCCCCCUGUGAGACUAUAGAAUCAUAUUGCAAUGUUCUGAAAAAUUUCCAAAACUUGAUUAAACCUGGGGGACACUUAUUGGUUUUAAGCAUGCUUAAUUCUAAGCAUUACUAUGUUGGUGACAAACGGUUUACUUGCUUGUACAUUACAAAAGAUGACCUGGAGAAGGCUUUUAAAGAUGCUGGUUAUGAAAUUGAGAGAGUGAUAGUUACUCCUCGGAGUAAUACGUCACAUAUGGAUGUGUGUAGCCAUGACAGUCACUAUUAUGUCCAUGCUCGUAAAUCACAGUAAUGGUAAACCUGGCACCUUUCACUUUUGGAACCACUAAAAAAUUGGUUUACUCUAUAUGGCUCAAUAUUGAAAUAUUUUGCGUGCUUUGUCUUUGCUUAUCAACUAUUCACAUGUUCUAGGUAGAGCUACCAUCAGAAAUUUUGAAGUCCACUCCCUUGUCCCCAACUCUGACAUAGUCGUCUCAUCUAUAUGUUAGUUAUGGGCUCAUUGAAUAUUGAAUUGAGGUGGUCAUUCCGAGUUGAUCGCAGCCAGCAACUUGUAGCUGCUGCUGGGAUCAACAGUCCAUGCCUAUGGGGGAGUGUAUUUUAGCUUAGCAGGGCUGCGAUCGCUUGUGCAGCCCUGCUAAGCUAAAAAAAAUUCAAGCAGAAGUAAAGAAGCCCUGUACAUACUUACCCUGUGCGAUGGAUCCAGCAAUGAUCAGCCCGGCUUUGAUGUCACACCUCCGCCCUCCGUUGUCCUGGACACGCCUGCGUUUUACUCACAACUCCCCGAAAACGUUCUCCACCGGUCUGGAUCCGCCCAUCCACGCCUCCUUACUGUCAAUGUUCUUAGCGGCCGCCGCUGUGACCGCUCCCAUCGGUAGCCGUGGCGUAAACCGCUGCGUGACUAUGCUAUUGUCACUAAAGCUUGCAUAGAAAAACAUGAAAACAUCCUGCAUUGAAUAUAAAUAGCUGGCUGCAGUCCAAUUUUCGAGCGGCCGCAUUACGUCACAGGGGUAUGGCUUAGAAUACGCUCCAUUGAAUUCUAUCAUUGAGACCCUUCGGUCUCGCCGUGUCUAGUUUGAACAUCCAACUGGCCUCCCAUUUGAGCAAAGUACCUGCCCUGUCGCCACCUCUCAAAUUGCUGGGUAUAUGGUCAAUAAUUUGAAAGUGUAAAUCCUUCAGAGAAUGUUGCUUUUCUGCAUAGUGUCUGGCCACCGGUUGUUCGGAUCUCUUCUGUAAUAAUGCCGCCUUUAUUGCAGACCUAUGUAGCGCAAAUCGUUCCCUGGCGUUGCGUAUGGUUUUGCCUACGUAUUGGUACUUGCAUGGACAGGUGAUUAGGUAGACAAUAUAUGUGGUUGUGCAUGUAAGCACAUGCUUUAUAUUGUAUGUUCUACCUGUUGUACUAGAAGUGAAAGUCGGGCCCGGAGUACAUGUCUCACAGCCUAGGCAUUUGUAGCAGCCUGUUGGCUUUGUCAGGAAGUUAGUAACUGGUGUCAAAUCAAACCCUGUGAUGUCAGAAUAAAACCACAAAGUCUUUGAUACUUUUACCCUUGGUGUGACACAUCAUAGGUCUCUUCUUGCGUAACGUGGUUAGGUUUUUAUCAGUCGCCACUAUGGGCCACAGCGCAUUAAGGGCUCGAGGAACCACUGGGCUGGUAGUAUUGUAUUGAGAAACAAAGGGUAAGAUUAACUGGUCAUUCUUGUUUUUUUGUUUCAGGAGAUCGUCCCUGUUCAUGGCUGCAACUUGUUGCUCGUAUUCACGUAGGGGUCCGCUUUUAUAGCCUCUAUUCUUGAACCGUUUGGUUACAUCCAUCAAUGCGCCUCUGAGUUUAUCAGGAUCACUCGUGAUUCUGGCUGCCCUGAUGUAUUGGGACUUAGGUAGACCUCUUUUGACGGCUAUAGGGUGAUGGCUAUUAUAGCGCAAUAAGGUGUUUUUGUCGGUGGGCUUGUGGUACACCUCAGUGUUUAUCUGUCUGUCCUUAAUGGUUACAUUCACGUCUAAAUAAUUUAGCCUAAAAGGGUCGCAUUGGGCUGUGACCUUGAUAGGGGACUGUCUAUUAUUGAUGCUUGUGAUAAAGGCUUCAAACUUUUCUUUACCGCCAGUCCACAUUAUGAAGACGUCGUCUAUGUAUCUGGAAUAGUGUAUGAUGUACUUCGUGAAUUCGCCACUGUUGAAAAACAUUAAUUGCUCUUCCAUCAGCAUGAACACGUUGGCGAAUGAGGAAGAUACAUUACUUCCCAUGGAGCAACCGCUUACUUGGCGGUAAAACUUCCCGUCAAAUAAAAAGUAAUUACGGGUUAAUGUUAAUUCUAAUAGUAGAAGAAAUAAAUUAUGGUCCAAAGUUUGCAUAUUUGAUUGGACCAAGAAAGAUUUCAUUGCAGUUAACCCUUGAUCAUGCGGGAUGCUCGUAUAGAGACUACAAAUGUCUACAGUACAAAUGAUGGUCCCUGUGGGUACACUGCCAACUGUUUUUAGCUGAUUAAUGAAGCUGGUAGUAUCUUUAAUGUGAUUAUGUUGUUGACUAAUAAGUGGCUGAAGGAUGCUAUUCAGAAAUAUGGAUAUGGGCUGGUAAAGUGCAUUGUGCGCAGAGAUAAUGGGCCUGCCUGGCGGACUGUCCAUACUUUUAUGGAUUUUAGGCACUAGAAAUAAUAGUGGCACUACAGGAAACUCUUGUUUGAGAGCGCUGCAAAGAUUGCUGGAAAUGAGUCCUGCUGUAAGGGCUGUAUAGAGUAUGCCGUCAACUUCCGCCUUAUAUUGUUUGGUCGGAUCUGUAAUGUAAUAUAUAUUAUAUUUACCAAUUGUGUAGUGUACUCAUGCAUUUAUAUCCUAUUAUUAUGCAAUGUUUAAUCAUGUUUCAUUCCUGAAAGGUGCUGUGUAUGCUUAUUGUGCCUUACAAAUAAAAUAUAUUAAUAUCA